CGAAUUUUAAAAAUAAAUCUCUGUUAAGUUUUUCUGGUCUUUUUUUAAAAAUUAAUGCAUGUACCUAAAUUUUAUUUUAUGUUUUUAUUGAGAAGUAAAGUUACGGUUUCAAAAUGGACAAAAAAUCAGCUGAUGUCAGAAGGCUUAACAGUUGUUUUGUGAACAUUUCUCCUACAAUAACUCAUUUACGAGAAGAGUGUAAAUCUCAGCGCUCAAAUAUCGAAAGCCGAAAGUAUUUAAAAAAAUAUAAUGUUGACGAUAAUCCUGUAAAGGAUGAUAGUAAUAUAAAUGAUCAUUCAUUCAGUAAAGAUAAUGCAGGGCAAGGAGACAAGAGGGAUUCUAUUACUAACUUUGAUCUUGAUGAAAUAGAAUUGAAAAUACUCAAAAAAAUGUCUCAAGAACUUCAAACAGAGGAUAAUUCUAUUAGCAGUCUUGAUUCUAAUAUAAAACUCUUUAAAACAACUGUCAACCAAAUCUUAGAAAAUUUUUACAUUAAUAUGCAAGAGUUUGAACUUUAUAAGAAAAAGUUUCAUGAAAUAUUAAAAAAGAGUAAAGGAGAUACAGUUACAGAAAUGGAAGAUUUAAUUAAAGAUAUGAUACAACAUAUAGGAUCAUCAGACUCGUCUGUAAACAAUAGCAAAUUCAAUGAAAUAAAAGAAUGUCAUAAAGAUAUUCCUACGCAUAGUAAUUGCAAAGUUAAUAUUGAUGUUAAUAAAAAUAAUGUAUCAACUAGCUUAAAUUCAACAACAGAAGCUUUUAAAAACGAAAAUUAUUUGACAGAUUCAACUUUUGAACGAAACAGUUCGAAAUUUAAUACCAACGUAAAUAAAGAGAAAUUUUUAAAUAUUUUUCUUCUUAGUGGUAAUCGUUGUGUCGAAAUUAAAAUGAAUGAUCGAAGUAUAUUUUCCGAAAUAAAUAUAAGAGAUCAGGACUUUGAUGGCAUAAAAGAACCGUUGGCGUCGGCCGAAAAUUUGAAGAAAUUAAAAGAAAAAAAACAUGAAUUAGACAAGUAUUUUAAGGAUCAAGAACUACAUUUGAAGGAUAGAGAAAUACCAGUAAAAAGUUCAAAUGCAAAGAAAAAUAUACAUCUAGAUGAGGAUUUCCUCGAUAAUGAUAAAGAUGAAUGUAACAAAUUUUUCAUAUUUAGAAUUUGUAACUAUUUAUGUCGCAAGUUUCGUAAAAAUUCAUUUGCCUAA